UCCGGCAGCAGAGCAGCGAGCAGCAGUUCAGUUCGUAAAGAGAAACCACUGGAGAGACUUUUAGAGACAGAAACCCAGGACAGGACGGGGAGAGAAAAGGAAGCCGGUACCGUGGAGGAGUCUGUAGUUGGAGGACAACACCAACUGGACAGUGAAAGGGAAGAACCGAGCUAAAAGGAGCUGUCAUUUUUAACUUUUAAAUUAACGGCUCAACAGUCACUUCUUUGGCAGGUUAGCUUAACCUAGCUUCUCGGCUAACACCUCUUCCUCUUCUCAACCGGGAGAAACUGCACCUGUCCCGGCUGUCAGCCACACAGUCACCUGGUAUAAACUCAAAACAAUGUGGUGCUCCAUUUUGAAUGACUUUUCUCGCCCGGAGGAGGGUUUAACACACACUUUGCCAAGCGACAACCAGUGAGAGCUAACUAAUCCAAGCUAACAAGUUGACGUGGAGGAGGAACUCAAAAUCUUUUUUUUUUUCUUUUUUUUGGAUCGUUGAUCUCCAAGCUGUGAUUUCAUACGGAUUACUUUUUUGUUGUUGUCUCCCAAACUAUCUCUGAAAAUUACAGAUUUAUAAAACCAGCCAGUUAGCUAUGUUUAUUUGUGGCCAGAAAGUAAUUUCCAGUGUUUACAAAUCCCACAGUGGGACUCUUUCCUGGUUCCAGUACUGCACUGGGAACAUUAGCUAACACAGACUGGUGUGUUUACUAGAUUAGAUAGGACACAGUGUUGCCAAACAAGUUAAAAAUAAUCUACAAAUCAUCUUGUAAUUGCAGUUUUUUGUGUGAUCUGACAUUACUGCACACCUGAAACUAAAAAACAGAUUUAAAAUAUCCUGCAAAUCAUCUUGUUCUUGCAGUUUUGUGUGUGAUCUGACAUUACUGCACACCUGAAACUAAACAUCAGUGUGUGUGUGUGUGUGAGAUCGCAGCCCUUUACCUCCACUUGACAGUGAAGUCACGUGGAGUGGUUUUCCGCAGGGAGUUGAUCCAUUGAUCGGAUCGUUAUUGUGCUAUUUUAGCUGAUUGAGGAAAGAAAAGGCAGAAGGAUAGAGAGAGAGAGAUGUCGGGCCAAUCUAUCACGGAUCGGAUCGCAGCAGCCCAGCACAGCAUGACCGGCUCUGCCAUCAGCAAGGCGGUGUGCAAAGCCACCACGCAUGAAGUCAGUGGACCCAAGAAGAAACACCUUGACUAUCUGAUCCACUGCACCAAUGAGAUGAACGUGAGCAUUCCCCAGCUGGCGGACACGCUGUUCGAGCGCACGGCCAACUCCAGCUGGGUGGUGGUCUUCAAAGCCCUCAUCGCCACCCACCAUCUCAUGAUGUACGGCAACGAGCGUUUAAUCCAGUACCCUGGCCUCCAGGAAACACUCUGUUCAACCUGAACAACUUCCUGGAUAAGGGAGCUCUGCAAGGCUACGACAUGUCGACCUUCAUCAGGCGGUACAGCCGUUACCUGAACGAGAAGGCCAUGUCCUACAGACUGGUGGCUGUGGACUUCACCAAGAUGAAGAGAGGGAUUGACGGGUGUGAUGCGUACCAUGAACACAGAGAAGCUGAUCAAGACGCUGAUCAUCAGAAGACGCCUUGCUGGAUUUCCAGGCCAAUCCUAAUGAGGCUGACCAACGGAGUGAUCAACUCGGCCUUCAUGCUGCUCUUCAAAGACUCCAU